AUAAUGUAGCAAAUUUCACUUAAUAACUAUUGUCUGUAUUUUUCAGAUCGAAGACUUAUUAAGGAAAGCGCCCUUCGAACUAGAAGAUAUUUAUCAUCAUUUGGAGCAACUGACCUUAAGCGAAAGACCAAAUUACGAAUAUGUUCGAAGAAAACUGGAAAACAUUUUGCAACGGCGAGAAAUCGACUCAGACGAUCCCUACGACUGGGAGUUGAGCAGCGACAGCCUCCCUGCGUCUCCGAACGAACUGACCGUUGAUGGCAACCGUUUUCGCUUCGAAGAAGAAACUACCGAAAGUGAAAAGACAGAGUUACGGACAGUCGAGCAAACCGAAACCGAUCAAGGCGACGAUACCAGCAAGAGUGUCACCACAAUGCCUACCUUCAGCCCAAUACGUUUGUUACUAAACGUCAGAAUGCGAUUUGCAUAA